AUGUAAACAGAUAUGAAUACCAGCCAAUGUAGCGCUGCUAGCUCAGAAAAUUUAACAGAGUGCUUAGAUAUGUACAGAAAAGAAGCAGAAUAAAAAAUAGAAAAUAUGAAAGAUCUUCUUAGAAAGGCUAAGAUUACUAUUGAUAAAUAAAAGGCAGAGAUCAUAUAAAAGAAUGAAAUCAUAGAAGGGCAAAUAAAUAAAUAUGCAUAAUUAGAAUCUGUUUUCCAAAAAUAUUUAAAUGAGGAAAAAAAGACAUUUGAUGCUUCUUAAGUUUUGAAAGUCUUAGCUUCAGUGGAUAUAGAUGGGAUUAUUUGGAUUUGUUUGAAAUGUACACACUCAAUUGAAUGGAUUAGGGAAAGUGAAUUGUAAGAUUUACCAAAUGACAUAAUUCCUUCAGCAAUAAACUAGCAGGAAUAUGAAAGAAUGAAAGAGAAUUUUGAAAAAAUUUAAAAAUAGAGUCAAUCAGAAUUAUAAAAUGUUAUUAAUUAAUAUGAAGAGAGAAUGAAAAGACUUAAAUAAGAAAAUGAAGUUGUCUAAAGGAAAUUCUAAGAAACAUUGACUAAUUUAAACUUAACCAAUAAAAAGAAUGAAGAAAAUUUAUAGUUUUUAAAUGAAAGAGUAUCAGAAAUUAUUGAUGAAAGCUAAGAAAUCAGAGAAAAUUGUUUAGGAUAUAUGGCUGAGGAAAAUGAUGAAAAUGUAAGAAAAGAAUGCAUGAACAAAGUUAAAUUAUUACUUAUUAAGAUGUAAAAAUCAAUUUCCGCGAAUGCAGAAAAUGACUGUCUCAAUACUAUUAAAGAGCACGUUAUAUUGCUUUAAUAGACUUUAUUUGAAGCUCUUAAAAAGUAACAUUCCACCCUAUAAGAUGCAUCUAACUAAGAAAAGCAAUGGGAGGAUAAAUACAAGCAACUGAGCAAACAAAAAGAAGCUGAAAAAGCAGAAAAAGAAGAAAUACUCAGCUAGGGAAGAAAAAUGAUUAAAGAUUUACAAAAAAAUUUGGAAAACCUCAAAAUCGAAUCAUAGAAAUAAGUUAAAGAAAGAGAUAUCAAAAUUGAAUUUUUACAAUAAGAAAUGAAGAAGAAUGUCAAUAUUUAAUACAUCAAAAAUAUUUUAAUUAAAUUUUUCAACAGCGAUUAAUCAGUUAAAGAGAGGACAUUACCAGUUAUAUAAACAGUGCUCUAAUUUUCAUAAGCUGAAAGUGAAAUACUCAAAAAUGCAUGGCUAAGAGACCAAAGCACAGUAAGAAGCACUAUGAGUAACAUCGGAAAGAUGUUCUCAUUCGGCUCAAGUUGA